AUGAAGUCCAUCCUCUUCCUAGUUGCCUCUAUCGCCUUCACCUCUACGUUCGCUGCAUCAGUACAUACUGCAGAUAUUGAUGAUCUUAAAGGAGCAACUGAUACGUUCAAUGCUGCACUUAGAGAGAGUCAAUAUAACCUCACAGAAGCAGACGGAGAUGUAGGUGACUUUGCCACGAGACUCUUCGGCUUCGAAGGCUGUGGUUACUGGGGUUCUCUCAAGCGGAAGGCAAUUUACUCUGGUUGGCAGCAAGCCUGGCAUAUGAUGGACGCAAUUCAAGGAAAGGAGCUCAACUGGAACGAAGCUGCAGCAGUAGAAUUCUUCGCACCUCCUUUCAUCAACGAAGAAGAGCAGUCUGCCAUCAAAAGCACUAUCUCCCCACUUCUAUCUUCUUUAGCUGGCAGCAGUCUCAAUCCGUUUCAAUGGCGACUUCAUGUUCGUUGCGACGAUCCUAGCGAUAUAUGCAAAUGCAAACCACACACUCAGCUGGCAUACACAACCAACAAAGACCAGGAGUCGGGAAAAGCACGUAUCGCGUUUUGUCCCAAUUAUUUCCUUGAGCCAGAUCUUCUCAAAGUCAUUGAUGGAAACAGCAAGAAGGAGUUGCCCAUAGAACAUCGUGCAGAUCUCAACAACUACGUUCGCAAUAAAGGACGUGUUUGGUUCCAUGAGCUUCUCCAUGUUGAUUGGGCCUCUGGCGUGGACCCGCGCUAUAAUAUUGCUGAUCUUCAUGCUCUGUACGUCCGGGGAGACCAAACCAUCGUCAAGCAAAAGAUUUACAACCCAGCGAAGACGAAAGGUCUCGCUACGUUUCCCCUCGAUCCAGCUUGUUGGAUUAAGAGAAGCGCUGAUAACUUCGCCAUGUAUGCGAUGGCCAAAACCGUUCAAAAGAUCACUGGCAAUUAUCCUCAUCUUCCCUUCGCCUCAACAUUAGAAUCCAUGGUUGGCACCGAAGGUCAAGGCAAGUGUCAAGCCUCUGAGGAUGAACAUGGCCCUGGAGACAAGGGUCUUGUUGUCCCAAAGACCUCUAGUGCCUGGUUUUCGGGUCAAGAUCGUUACCCCGAGGACUAUAAUCGCCAAUUACGAGGUUGGUUGGCCGAUGCGAAUCCUCGCCACAACCGUGUUCGCAUCGUGCUAAUGCAAACUUUGAUGGGGUCCCAAUGGAUAGCUAUUCAAGAUACACCCGAAGAGCCUGUCAAAGACUUCUGCCUCGCAAAAGUCCUAUCAAAGGUACCCGCAAAGGCAGACGAGGACAACCCGGAGUUUCCAACUGAACUUCCUGCAUUCGAGGCCCAUGGAGCCAAGGGGUGCAUUUAUUCUGGAACUUCUAACAUUGUAGGUAAUUUGACUUGUGAGAAUGGUCCUUUGGAUAUUCGCUGCUGGGAGGACCCUGAAUGGAGGGAGAUGUCUUAUUGUGAUGGAGGGAAGUACAUGCUGGGAAUCAAGUGUGACUGGGCGUGA